AUGCGAAUGAAAGAGAUUUCUAUUCAGAAAACGGUACAGACAGCAACGGAAGUUCACUACCAUGUUGUAUUUCACAGUAAAGAAGCGGAAGAAAUGGCUUUCAAUAGGGCCAACUUUAUGAAAGGAUCCAAGCAAUAUCCCAGUGUACCAGAGUGGGCGAAGGAUAUCAUGGUAAAGCCACCCAUGGAGCGUAAUGAAAGUGAACUUCGCAAGAUACACGCUCUUCUCAGAGGUCUCAAGAGUUUUGAUAAAUUCACUCACAAUAUACAGAUUGCUAUGUGUCAGUCUUGUACGUAUGAAAGUAUUGAAUCCAGGAGAGUUGUUCUAAGAAAAGGUCACGUGGGACUGUGUUUCUAUUUUAUCUACUCUGGCUCUGUAUUUGUGAACACGGAAGAAAUUCAUCCAACGACUAAGGCUGUCUUUACCAAAACAGAAGCUAUUCUGACAAAGGGAGAUUCUUUCGGUGAAUUGGCAUUAUUGCGUGAUAUCAAGCGUACUGCCACCAUUUCAACUCGUGGAACCUGUGAAUUUUUCGUAAUAGAUAAAGAUGUAUUCAGCAGUCUCUGUCCAAAGAUAUUUGAUCAAGAGUUAGAAACAAAAGUAAAUUUUGUCGGGAAUGUGUCUGUGUUUCGUAAACAUUGGUCAAUGGAUGUUAUAAAGAAUCUUUGCAAUGAAGCACAGAUACAAGAGUUUAAGACUAAUCGGGUGAUUACCUCUGACAACAUGCAAGACGAUUGGAUAUAUAUGUGCAUGGAAGGACGGUGUAGAAUUCUCAAAUUUCUGUCUCUUGGUGCAGAAUCUACGCAAAGUGGAGAUGUAGAAAAACAAGACAGUAGUGUUAUUGAUUUAGCGCUGCUGAUUACUGAACAGACUAUUGGUAAAAAAGUUGUACGCCGCCAGGAAGACUUUCGAGUGGAAUGUAAAAGUCGUGAAGAACAGAAGAAAAAUAUGCUAUCCGCUAUGCACCUGGAAUACGCAGAAAAACCGUAUGCCAAAGGAGAGCUGGAACUAGCAGAGUUGGAUGAGAGUGGCAAUGCAAUUAUUAAAGAAAGCUCUACGCCAGACCCGUCAUCUCAGGCAGACGAAUUUUUGCCAAACAUGUCAUUAAAUGCCUUCAUAAAAUUGCAGAACAAAAAAACAGAAAAUCAAGACUCAGUUUACCUGGACGUAGGGGUAUUAAAACCGUCACAGGUUUACAACUUCGAUGCUAUUUUAAAUGCUACUGUGGCCAACAAAGGCUUGAUUCUUGUUAGUGCGGGAGCUAAAGUACUGCGUUUAAAAAAACAGCUUCUGUUCAAACUUGCCACGCCAGAAGCAUUAGAAUUCAGCAGAACGCUUGCAGCACAGUUCAGCUACCCUUCACAAAAGGUUCUGCACCAUUCAUACGUACAGCAUACUAAGUGGGAAUAUUAUAAACAAAGCGUUGUACGCGAUACAAUGGCAGCGGCUGGGAAAGUAUCAUCACUGACAGAUGACAGGAAAAAAAUACGCCUCAACCAAAGACGACGGGACAACCGACUGAAAUCUACUUUGGAGAAUGAUCACAAAGAACAACUGCGCUUGCUCAGACUACUUGACGCUCGAUCUAAGAGUGCCCCUUCACCGGCAAUGCAGAAAAUCUUUGCCCGCUACGAGGAAAUGGCGGCGCAAGAAGAUAACCGCUGUGAUUCUUCAAGUCAUUGGCAAGAAACAGACAAUGCAUUCUUAGUGCCAAUUCGAGGUGGGGGGUCAGCGAGGAGAAAGAACAAAUUAUUAGAGGAGGAAUUAUUGAUGCAUCAAAUCAAAUCUCCGACUCAACUUAAUGUGGUUGUUGACGUUGUCUCUGAAGUCCGAUUUAACUAA